AUGGAUCUCGACAAAUCAUUUUCAAACUUGUCAUUGAAUAAAGACAAUGAAGAAAACAAACCCACUCGAGUGAUGCCACCACGACCUAUGCCACUUAGAAUGCCACCAGGAGGUCGCUCAGUCUUGCCUCCCAUGAGCGGAAGACCUGGCGCUCUACCUCCUUUAUCAGGCUCUAAUAGUCCUGCUGGUAGAAGUCCUCUUCCUGGUCAGGGCCCAAGUCCAUCUCCAGGUGGCAUGCGCAACAGACCUGGUGGUGGAAGAAUGGGAAGACCAGGUUUGAAUCUGUCUCAGUUGGGCUUAUCUCCAAAGCCAGAACAGACACCAUUUGCCAAUUUCUCGAAAUACGUUGAUCCCUCUGGUAAACUGAAUUUCUCUGGUAAAGCCAUUAUUCACGCAGACGGUGUUGAUUUCAGUAAUGGCAACAGUUUCACGAUCAAAAUGGACGAUCUUAUAUUGCAAGAGGAACUCGGAAAAGGACAGUAUGGUACUGUACAAAAAGUCAAGCAUCGAGUAACCAAUGUGACAAUGGCAAUGAAGGAAAUCCGCUUAGAAUUGGAUGAAACAAAGCUGCAUCAAAUUUUGAUGGAAUUAGACAUUUUGCACAAGAGUUCAGGCGAAUACAUUGUAGAAUUUUAUGGUGCAUUCUUUAUUGAAUCCUGCGUUUACUACUGUAUGGAAUAUAUGGAUGCUGGCUCUCUUGAUAAAUUAUAUGGUGAAGGCGUACCUGAAGACGUCUUGGCAAAGAUCACCAUUUCGAUGGUCAAAGGCCUAAAAUUCUUGAAGGAUGAGCUUUCCAUCAUUCAUAGAGAUGUUAAACCAACAAAUGUGCUUGCAAAUUUAAAGGGCCAAGUCAAGUUGUGUGAUUUUGGUGUAUCAGGUCAACUCGAGAAAUCGUUAGCAAAAACAAACAUUGGAUGCCAGAGUUAUAUGGCACCUGAAAGAAUUAGAGCAGCAAACACAUACUCAGUAUCAUCCGAUGUUUGGUCUCUUGGCAUCUCGCUUGUAGAGAUCGCUAUCGGGCAUUAUCCUUAUAAAUACGAUAAUAUGUUUGCACAACUAAAAGCAAUCAUUGACGAUGAACCACCCAGUUUACCAGCUGAUACUUUUUCAGAAGAAGCCCGUGAUUUCGUCAAUUCAUGUCUCCAAAAGGAUCCAAUGAAGAGACCAACAUACGCUGAUUUGUUAGAGCAUCCUUUUGUUAAGAAAUACGAAGAUGUCGAUGUUGAUAUGGCAAAAUGGGCAACUGAAGCCUUUGCCAGCAAGAAGUAG